AUGGCCUUCUUCGUCAAUGGCGUCCCGGUGGCCAUGCCGCCGCCCGAGGGCUACAUCGUGGACUUUGACAACCCGCAACGCAACAGCGUCACAGCGGCCUAUUGCCUCUACGGCAUCGGCAACGCUCUUGCGCUCCUAAUGAUGGGCCAGAGAGUCUAUUUCCGGGCUGCAAUUCAGAAAACGGUCUACCUCGAGGAUGCCUUUCUCGGUGUUGCUUAUGUCUUUUCUGUUGUCCUCCAGACACUGAUUAUAAGAGACUUCGCAAGAGGCAUCAUGGGCACACACGUCUACGAGAUGCCGCUGCCAAAGUUCUCGCUGUUCCUGACGGCUCUCUACCAGCUGCCCAUCCUGUACAACCCGGUGCAGUGCGGGACCAAGAUGGCGCUGCUGCUCGUCUACAACCGCCUCACGCCCGAGCUCUGGUUCCGCAUCCCCGUCUGGACCACCAUGUUCAUCGUGUGCGCGGCGACCGCCGUCCUGCAGUUCGUCACCAUCUUCCCCUGCAGCCCCGUCCGGGGCGCCUGGGACCUGGCCAUCACCGAGUCCACAUGCAUGGACCGGCCGGCAAUCUACAAGGCGAUAGCCAUCAUGGGCGCCGCGACCGACGCGAUCGUGCUGGCCGUGCCCAUGCCGCCGGUCUACCGGCUCCGGGUGCCGCUGCGGCAGAAGAUUGGGCUCGCUGCGUUGUUCAGCGUUGGUGCUCUGUAA